AUGACGCGCCUCGCUUUGCCUAUUGCGUCGCCUAUCGAUCCCGACUACAAGCCACAAUGUAGUCUGAAAACGGUCCCGGCUUCCACUCCCAUCGAGUACAUUCUCGCUCAGCUGGAACGUGAUGGCGGGGUCAUCUUGCAAGAUCUUGUGUCGCCGCAUGACCUCGCCACCAUCAGCACAGAGCUGGAGCCCUGGAACGGCAGACUGGCCCGUCAUCCGGCCGAAGGCGAGGUCAGUAGCAGCGGCGAUGCGUUCACGACGAUCCCAGCACAGACCACUCUGGUGCCCGGACUGGUGGGCAAGUCUCCGACCGUCGCCCAGAUUUGCGAGCUACCGGUGCUGGAAGGUCUCCGACAGCGUAUCCUGCGCGACGAGUUCACGGUGAACCGCGAGGGUCAUAUGGAGCCCAACGUCAUCGAUCCCCUCCUCAGCCUGAGCGUGUCGAUGAACAUCGGGUAUGGGGCCCCUCGACAGCUGUUGCACCGCGACGACAAUGUUCAUGGCAUUCGGCAUGAUAGGCGCGGCCCGUGGAGCUUCAAACAGGCCAGCCAGUUCGGAUGUCUCAUCGCCGGAUGCCAGGUGACUCGGGAAAACGGCGCCACGAUGGUGAUCCCGGGGAGCCAUAAAUGGGAUGACGAGAAGGAGGCGAGCGAGGACCAGGUUUGCUUUGCUGAGAUGUCUCCGGGUUCCGCGUUGAUCUUUCUUGCGUCGACGUACCAUGGCGGAGGCCACAACUCCAUCCCAGGGUCAAUUCGGACAAUAUACAGCCUGUUCUUUGUUCGCGGGGCUCUACGGACAGAGGAGAACCAGUUCUUGGCAGUCCCGCGAAGUAAAGUAUGUCGCAUGAGCCCCAAGAUGCUCGAGUUACUGGGGUACAAAAAGCCCACGACGGCGCUAGGCAUCGUAGAUAACAUCAGCCCGGAUGAGGACGUGGCUGGAAUCUGGGAGAUGGCGGUGCAGUGA